AUGUUUGAAAGAACAUUAGCCGACCUCGUCAGAGGUAUCAGAAACCACAAAAAGAAUGAAGACAAGUUCAUAUCACAAUGUAUUCAAGAGAUUAAAGAAGAACUCAGAGGCGAUAUGAGCAAGAAAGCAUUGGCUAUUCAAAAACUUACUUAUAUUACAAUGUUAGGAUAUGAUAUUAGUUGGGCAUCAUUUAAUAUUGUUGAAGUGAUGAGUAGUGCAAAGUUUUCAUCGAAGCGUAUUGGUUAUCUGGCUGCAUCACAAUCAUUCCACGAAGGUACUGAAGUGAUUACAUUGGCAACCAAUCAGAUUAGAAAGGAUUUCCUCUCCAACAACCAAUAUGAAGCUUAUUUAGCUUUGAAUUGUUUGUCCAAUAUUUGUACACCAGACUUGGCAAGAGACUUGGCCAACGACCUCAUCACAUUAUUGUCGACACAAAAGACACAUAUCCUCAAACGUACCAUUUUAGUCAUGUACAAGGUGUUUUUGCGUUACCCCGAAGCACUACGUCCAGCAUUCCCACGUCUCAAAGAGAAACUUGAAGACCCCGAACCCGCCGUUAUGAGCUGUGCAGUCAACGUCAUUUGCGAGUUGGCACGAAAGAACCCCAAAAACUACCUGACUUUGGCACCGGUUCUCUUCAAGAUCUUGACCAACAGCACCACCAACUACUGGAUGUACAUCAAGAUUGUCAAGUUGUUUGGCGCAUUGACUCCACUCGAACCACGUCUCGGCAAAAAGUUGAUCGACCCACUCACCAAUAUUAUCAACACCUCCUCGUCCAUGUCUCUCCUCUUUGAGUGUAUCCAAACAUGUAUUAUUGGUAUUCCAGACAACUUGCCAUUGAUGAAGCUGUGCAUUAGCAAGUUGCGUACGCUCAUUGAGCAUCCCGACCAGAACCUCAAGUAUUUGGGUCUGUUGGCACUCAACAAUAUCAUGAAGAUCUACCCCAAGGCUGUAAGCGAGCACCGCGAGGUUGUACUUGGGUGUUUGGACGACGAAGACAUUUCGAUUAGACAACGUGCACUCGAUCUGUUGUCGGGUAUGGUUACCAAGAAGAACUUGCCCGAUAUCGCUGCCAAGCUGUUACGUCAUAUCGAGACGGCCGAGGGUAGCUACCGCGACCGUAUCGUCGAAAAGAUCGUCGAGUUGUGUGCAUUGGGUACCUACCAAUACGUCACAGACUUUGAAUGGUACAUCAACACGUUGAUUCAACUGUCUGAAGUAUCCGAAACUGCUCACGGUCCAUUGAUUGCCAGUCAACUACUCGACGUAACUAUCCGUGUACGUGUAGUACGUAGCUAUGCUACCAAGCAGAUGAUCGCAUUGCUCAAGUCACCUAAACUAAUGGCCAACCCAAAGGAAGGUGGUAUCUGCGAGGUACUGUAUGCCGCUGCUUGGAUUGUCGGUGAGUUUGCUGCCUAUGUAAACAACCCAGUCGAGUCACUCGAGGCAUUCUUACAACCACGUGUGUCGGUUCUACCAGCACAUGUGCAGAGUGUCUACAUGCUCAAUGCACUCAAGGUGUUUGCACAUGCCUCUGCUGAAGCAGCUACCGGCGGCGAGCACGCUGGUGCCAUCACACAGGAAGAACGUGAUGAUCAGACAACUGUAGUCGAGUGCACACCCGUUGACGCAUCGACUGUCGAGGAGUGUCUUGCCAUCCUGCACGCACGUCUCCCUCUCUUUACCCAAUCGAUCCAUAUCGACGUGCAAGAGCGUGCCUGUCUCGUCAGCGAGAUUCUCAAGUUCUACGGUACCAUGCGCGACCAAGGAAACGACAUUGCCGGUGAGCUCGUCACACUCUUUACCGAAGCACUCAACCCAGUUGCCCCCAAAGCACAAAAGAAGGUGCCUGUACCCGAGGGACUCGACCUCGACGCCUGGAUCAACGACCCCAAGCUCCAAGUCGUCGACAGCGACACUGAAGACAGCGACAGCGACAUCUUUGGCAGUCGUGUCGAUGCUGGCAACAAUGGAACCAACGACUCGGGCGAUGAAAGCGAACGUUCAUUUGAUAUUAGUCGUGCCAAGGAGGAACGUAUCCAACGUAACGCCUCGAACCCAUACAUGUUGGGUGGUGGCAAGAAAACACAAAAGUCAAUCGUCGACGAGGAGAUGACUCAUAUCCCCGUUGCUGCUCUGCCCGCCAAUCUCGGCCCUGUCAUUGUUGGUGGCAAGAUGGACGCUAAAAAGAAGAAACCAAAGAAAUUCACAAUCGAUACAACCACUGAAAUGCCAGAGAAUGCACGUCCCGAUAGUGAUGAUGAAUCAUCCUCCUCCCUACACUCUAAGCGUAAACAAGAUGCACUCAGCUCCAUCAACAUUAAUGAGCCAUUGACAGCUAGCGAUGUCCUUCCAGUUGCUCGUCAUCGUAGUGAUAUUCAACGUGAAAAGGAAAUGGAACGUGAACGUGAAUUGGCUGCUCAACGUGCUGCCAAGCGCGGUGCCUCCUCCUCUGCCAAAUCACCACAAUCUCCAACCGCCUCAGUCUACACUGACAUUACUUCACCAGAAGUACAAGCCAAGGGUGGUAAAAAAUCAGCCAAAUCAAAAUCUGCUGCUGCUCCCGCUCCUGCUCCAGUCGUUGUUAAAAAGGCACCAGCAGUCUACCUUCCCAUCACAUUAGAGAAUUGUGAAUACUUUACUCUUUCAUUUGAAUUGACCAAGGUUGAUCAACCCCCUCAACCUGCCACUUCAACCACUUCUGCUACUGUCCCAAUUAAACUUUCAUUAAAAGUACAAAACAAGAGUGAUGAAGAUUUAUCUGAAGUAUUAUUUACAUUGGUUGAAUCACAAAAAGACAAGAUUACAGUAACUGGAAAGUCAUCGGCAUUUGAUAUUGGUGUACUUGAAGCUGGUAGCAACACUACCAUCUCACAAACAUUUAACCUCGCCACCAAUACCAUUAUCCCUCAAUUGACACUUAAAUUGACUGGCACUUCAAGUGAAUCGAUCGAUAUUGACAUUGAUAUUCCUAUCCCCAUGUCAUUCUUUAUCGUCAAGACCAAGAUCUCCAAGGACAAGUUUGCAGAAAUUCUCCAAAAAUCAGCUUCUAUGGCAUCGGCCUCUGUCAAGGUGCCAUCCAUCACCAUCCAAAAGGCUAUUGAAAUCCUUGCCGAUCAAUUAAACAUUGAAGUUGUCCAAUGUCAUCCAUCAGGCUCCACCGCUUCAUUCUAUGCCAGAACCAACCAAAAUCAACAUAUUGCAAUGUUGGCAAAGGAUCGUGAUGGCGUCACUUCUUUUGAUAUUAAAUCAUCUGAUUCUUCUUUGGCUCAAUUAUUAGUUAAACAACUUUCAACUUUAUUUUUAAAACAACAACAAUUAAAUUAA